AUGCUGCAUGAACUUAUUUUUGCCCUACAUGGAUUUCCUGGUGAUAUUUGUUCACAAGCACCGGUUGCUGAUCCAUCUUCAACUCCAGAAUCUCGCCUUAAACUUCUGUCGGAUCGACUGCCCUUCGUAACACCUAGCGAAAUCAGCAUUGUGUCGCAGCUGCUCAGUAUUGGGGAAAAGUACUUAAAACUUCAGCGAUUUAUUGAGCAGUUUUGCCUUCCUUUUUCUGGCAGCCUUUAUUUGACGGCGUUAGCUUAUGGAAUUGACGAAGUCCUAAACGAAUACCGUAAUGCCCUGUGUAAUGUGGAGACGGACCUCCUAAGUAACCCCUACAACGGUAUUACCUAUAUAUUUUCCCGGAUUGAACCAUUUCGCCCUCUGCUCUUCUCGCUCACAGAGCUUCUAGACCUCUGUUCAAGGGAUCACCAAAAAAACCUCAACCUCAUAAACUCAGUUUUGCGGGUACAAAAGUCACCCGCACAGAGCAUCGUGUUGCGCCAGUUAAUGCGUGUUUUCCGCCACCAACUCUCAAACUGGCUUCUUUUUGGCACGCUUCAUGACCCAUAUGAUGAAUUUUGUAUUAAUUCAGAGUGCAACUUACUUCCCGAAACAUUCCCAUCUAUUAUAUCACCCACACUUGCCAACGACAUCCUUUACAUUGGAAAGGCGGUACGCACAGCUGGGGGCAAAUUGUCUGAACGUCUUGAAGAAAUGUUUAGUGGGCGGUUUUUGGACGUGGAAAACAGUGAUCUGGUUGGAGACGUGGAUGAAGAUCUUGAGAAUCUCAUUCGUGAGGUUUGCUCCUACGUGUCGGGAGAAGUCUCGCGACAGAUGUUCAGCGAGUAUGAAAUCGUGCAGAAUUUGACUUUGGUGAAAGACGUCCUUCUUCUUGGUCGAGGCGAAUUGUUUGUCAUGUUCUUUGAUAAUUUGUUGGCGGAAGGAGGUGGCAGUGGAAGGGAUCUUCUCGAUCGACCGAUUCCGGCCACUAUAGCUGAGGCCAGGGGUCUUGCGUACGGGGUUAACUCCGCGUUUUUUGCUGCCGCUCGAGCCGUCGGAUUGGACGAUGAAGACUUGGCCAGCCGUUUCAGGUUCGUAGUGUCAAUGAAUCCGCACAACGAUGAGACCUUGACUGACGGUGACGAGGACGACGACGACUCCCGCCUCACCGCCUGGGACUGUCUCAGCUUGGAGUUCACUUCGCCUCCAGCGGGUCUGGAGACAAUUUUCACGGAAGCCGCCCGUGGCACCUACCUGCGCCUCUUCUCUUUCCUCCUGACUGUUCGACGCACCGAGCAUGUGCUCAGCACCAGCUGGCUGCGGGACAGGAGUCGGAUGAAGUUGGAGGGUGACUUGGACCAGCGCAUGGUUCUGCGGCAUCGUAUGGCUUUCAUUGUCAACAACUUGAACUGUUAUUUACAGAUUGACGUGAUCGCGUCAGCAUUUGAGAGGCUCAUGGAGCGAUUUGACAGCCAGCGCGAGCGUCAAGCACAACACCUGGGAUGGCUCGAGGCCCUUCACGAGACGUACUUGGCGGGACUCGAGUCACAGGCCCUCCUCCUCCACCCCAUCAUCCGCCCCACCCUACUCAGACUCCUGCGCGCCUGCCGCCAGUUCACUCACGCACCGCGCCACGCCACCCUCCAGGCCCGCGCUACUUUCCAACACCUCUCGUCCACCUUCUUCACCGCCCUCACCGCUGCUCAGGCCGCCUCCAGCCAGGGAGUCGGCGUGGGCCUCCAGGCAACGGGACUUCCGGGCCACCGUCAAGUUUGCGGCGGCGGCCACUUGGCGCAGCUCCUACUACGUCUAGACUUUAAUCGUUUUUUUACAACAGCUCUGAGGAAUUAA